GUAUAACGUGCAUUUUAGAAUAUCGAAGACGCUUUAGGUUUCAGGAAACAAAGUCAUCUUCUUUAGCCUCAUGGCCUUUCCAAUCAUUCUGGGUAUAUUAACCGGUGCGGCCUUUUUUUACACAAUGCAGUUAGCUCCUCGAAUCAUCCAAAGGGUGGCAAUGGCUCAGUGUUCACCUUUAGCUUCAGCUGCAGCCUCUUCCAUUCGUGGUGCUGCAGCGCCGUAUCGUAUCUAUGAGUAUGGCUUCAAGAAAACCAUGUCAGAGAGGGAGGCUUAUAUGCUGCUGGGUUUUGAUGGGUGGGAUUUGGGCCUAUUUUCCCGUCCACCUGAGGAAGAGGUGAAGAGACGCUACAGAGAACUGAUGAAGGAGCUGCACACUGAUGUUGGGGGGUCACCAUACAUAGCAACCAAGCUGAAUGAGGCAAAAGAUAUCCUCACACGACAACCAACUGAUGAGCUUGAUUAG